GCGCCAAUAACUGGUUCUCUCUCAAAACAUCUGUCCCUUUACAUUAAAAUCUGAGUAAAGCUGUUUUCACAUUUAUCUUUUAUUUAUAUGUAUAUACUUACACAUGUAUAUAUUUGUACAUACUGUACAUGUGAUAUUAAUAAUAUGGCCGGCGACUGUAUAUGUACCUCAUACCACUGGGCUUAAUUCGAAUAUGAUUUCUCCUUACCUAUAAUUUAUGUAUGUAUAUAUUUAUGGUAAUCAUAUGCCUAAUCGCACCGCUAAGCGAACCGCUCGUGAGAUUGAACGGUAGUUGGGAAUCAGCUCAGAUGUAAAUUCAAACGUGAGCGUUAUCUGGUCAGUUGCAAUAGUGACAGCGUCCGAGAAAGCGGUGGUUGUGCAAGCUUUUAGCGCGACGUAAAUCUGUAAAUAUUAUAAUCCACGUCUGAAAAUACAUAUAAACAAAGCGAUAGUGAGUGUCUCGAUAGUCAAAUCAAAAAUGGUUGGACAGCAACUGAAUAAGAAAUUGGAUGAAUUGGAACAAUGGUUCAAAGAAAAUCCAAAAUUACCGGAACAAAUCGGUAUGUGUGUCAAAUCAACACGAAUGAAAUGUAGAAAUAAAGCAAUGAAGCAGUUGAAAAACGUUAUAAAAAUUAUAAGAUAUGUAAAAACCAAUAUUGCGCCUAUAUUAAAAGAAAUUAUCAAAAAAAAAAUUAUGAUUUUAAAUAAUUUUAAUAAAAUAUAUAUAUGUAAAGCAGGUCGUAAGAUAUAGGCAUUUUGAGUGAUCCAAGAAAAUAAUAUUAAAGCAAGGUGUUAGACAUAUCAUGAAAACCCCGAUUUUUUACAUCGGGAUAUAGCAAUACCGAAACGUGGAAAGAAAUUAGUUAAAUUUUACUUAUAUUAUACUUCUGAUAUUGAAAGGAAAAGGCUGUAUUACAAAUCAAUGAUAAACGAUGGCAAAACUAUUUGAAUUUGCUGCGACUUGCUACCCCUCUGCGAUUUUUUCCUCCCCUUAAGACUCUUGGAGAAUGCUCACUGGAAAAUAAUUAAGUGAAAAUAAAGAGAUAAUCGCCGAUACGGAGGACUGUUUUGAAGCAAAACACAAAUCGUACCUCAGAAAUGGUAUCGAAAACUUGAUUGAUAGCAACCAUUAAAUAACAGAAUUGAAUUUUGAUAAAAAAAAACUAACCUUUCAAACUAUCUCGUAUGUACUUAUGUAUAUGGAAACCGCAAAACUUAAUCAAAUGGUGAAAUAAUGAUAUACUCGUAAUACAAUAUAUAUCAAUGGACAGGCAUGUGUUUGUAUGUAAGGAAACAAUCUUAUAUCGGGUGUUUUUUUUAGAGGUAUAAUACUUUAAAUUGCAAUAAAACAACGAUGGAUUAUUCGAUUGGCAUAAAUUUUAUUUAUCCGAAAGCUAAUCUUGUGGCAUUACAUUUUAAGUAUGAUUUCUGGCAUAUGACCGCCACGGCUGGCUCGGAUGUAGUCCAAUCUGGACCUCCAAUUUUCGAUGACUUUUUCCAACAUUUGUGGCCGUAUAUCGGCAAUAACACGGCCAAUGUUGUCUUCCAAAUGGUUAAGCUUUUGUGACUUAUGCGCAUAGAUCAAUGACUUUACAAAACCCCACAUAAAGUAGUCUAGCGGUGUUAAAUCACAAGAUCUUGGAGGCCAAUUCACAGGUCCAAAACGUGAUAUUAGGCGGUCACUAAACGUGUCUUUCAAUAAAUCGAUUGUGGCACGAGCUGUGUGCCAUGUUGCGCCGUCUUGUUGGAACCACAGCUCCUGGACAUUAUGGUUGUUCAAUUCAGGAAUGCAAAAGUUAGUAAUCAUGGCACUAUACCGAUCACGAUUGACUGUAACGUUCUGGCCAUGUGUUUGUCUCUUUGUAUAAUCGAGAGAUUUUUUUACCAAUUAUUAGAUGAAUCGCACGAAUCGCAUUCUUUUACGGCGCUUUCUUAAAUGCAUGUACAAUGAUGUGAAGGAAACCAAAAAAAUUAUUGAAUUAAAUUUCUCAAUACGAAAUAGGAACCCACAUAUAUUUCUUCACCGUGAUCCCGCCGAUGAAGCUGUCAAAGCCAUACAAGAUGUGGUAGAAAUGAUACCACUACCGGGACUAACACCAGAAGGUUAUAAGCUAUUAUUAUUUAGGCUAUCAGAUACAGAUCCCAAAAAGUUGAAUAGCAUCAUAGAGUGCAAAGCCUUUUUUAUGUUAGCCGACUGUCGUUACUCCGAUCUCGAUAUUGAGGAACCACAAACACAAAAGACAGAGAAAUCGAAUGAAGAUCCUCAGACGGAGAAAACAGGUGAAAUCGAAGAUGACUCGCUGCAAGAUGAUUCAAUAUCUAAUGGUGAAGUACAGAUAUGUGACAUAGGUGAUUACACUUUAUCGCACAUGGCCCGCAUUUCCUUUACGACAUUGCGUAUGUAUAUGAAUUUUCUUCAAGAGGCGCAUCCAGUACGUUUGCGCGCAAUGCAUAUCAUCAAUUGCCCGCCAUUUUUAAACAAAAUGCUGUCUAUUGUUAAGCCUUUCAUACACGAGGAUGUCUUUAAAAUGAUACAUUUUCACACUGAAGGCAUGGAUAGUUUGUAUGAAAAAGUACCGCGUCAUAUGUUACCGAACGAAUAUGGCGGUAACGCUGGUGUUAUACCGGAUCUAAAGAAAAUAUGGACAGAUAAAUUAAAAGUUAAAAGGGAUUACCUGAUGGAUGAAAGGCAUUGGAAAAUGGAUCCAUCACAGAAUUCGCGACGUUGGUAUUUUUUUUGAAAAUUCUCACAUCCACAAGAUAUUUAAAAAAUCAUUAUUACCUAAAACAGUUUGAAGAACUGUUUAUAGCAAUUUGAUGUUUUUAAAAUGGAAAAGCUUAGAUAAAUGGAUAAAUGUAUAUAGGUGUAUGCAGAGUAAAUUGUAUUAAGAAUUUUGUUACUGUUGUAUGUACAAAUAUAAUUUAUAUAUGCAUAAAAAUUACUUAUCACGUUUUGUCGAAGGUAAACUCCUAAUCUACUGAAUCGAUUUUAUUAAAAUUUAUCACGUUGUGUCCAGUUUGAUCCAACUUAAAAGAUAUGCUUGUUUAAUAUUAUGUUAAAAGUAAAAGCAAUUCAUAAAUAAAAAUAAUUUAUUUCUAAAUAGAA